UUUUAGGAAAUUCCAAUUUUCAACCCCAAAAAACAGUGAAGAAACCACCAAUUUGCACAUAAAUACCAAAGGUUUUCUCGGGCGAGGGAGAGAUAAAACAAAGCUCGGCAACAACAGAGGGACGUGAGAUUAAGAGCUGUGUUGGUUUCUCUUUCUCCUCUCGUUCAGAGUAACCGAGAAUCCGAAGAAUCGUCUUCGGUGUUGUUUUCAAUGGCCGGAGACGGCGGCGUUUCUUGCCUCCGGAGGCCGGAGAUGAUCGGAGGCGUCGGAGGUGGAGGGACGGCGACGGAGAUGGAGAUGGAGAUGGAUGAAGUUCACGUUCUCGCCGUUGAUGACAGCCUCGUCGAUCGGAUUGUGAUCGAGAAAUUGCUCAGGGUUACCUCCUGCAAAGUGACCGCUGUCGACAGUGGAUGGCGAGCUCUGCAAUUCUUAGGGUUAGACGAAGAGAAGAACGGUUCCGAGUUCGAUAAAUUGAAGGUUGAUCUGAUCAUCACCGACUACUGCAUGCCCGGAAUGACCGGCUACGAGCUUCUGAAGAAGAUUAAGGGAUCGUCCAGUUUCCGUGAAAUCCCGGUUGUAAUCAUGUCGUCAGAGAAUGUUCUGGCUCGAAUUGACCGAUGCUUGGAGGAAGGUGCGGAGGAUUUCUUGCUCAAACCGGUGAAACUCGCCGACGUGAAACGCCUGAGAAACUACAUGGCGAGAGACGUCAACGUCCCCACCAGAAACAAACGGAAGCUUCCAGAAGAUUCAGGUCAUCUCUCGCCUCCACCGCCGGCAUCCACGUUGCCGGAAUUUUUGGAUUCCUCUCGACCUCCUUCUCCGGCAGAGUCUAUGUCCACCUCGUCGCCUCCAUCUCCGGGAGAGAGCAUGUCCUCCUCGUCUGCGCCGUCUUCUUCGUCAGGGUUUUCGCCGGAGAAUUCACCUUCUCCGGAGGAUUCGCCGAGCAGACGGCAGAAGGUGACGACUGCUGGAUUCGAUUAAAGGAAGUGGUGGCUUGCUCCGUGUAAAUGUAAUAUCUCCGUUAACUACUUUGACGGUUUUUCUAGUUUCACGUCGACGCCGUCAGUUAACUAGAUUCUCCCUUUUGCUCGCACCACGUGGACCGUUUUUUACAAUUUUCAAAAAACGUAAAUUUUAUU